CCAGCAAACAACUACCGAAGAUGAAAAAUCCAGUCUUAGGUUUACUGUCAUUUCUUUUGGACAAGAUAUUGUUCUUUGUAAAACCAAAACCAAACUGCAUUUCAGUAGCUGACACGAAUGGUAAUAUGUACGAGACAUCGCUCUUUAAAAGAGGUGAUCUUCUGGAAGUUCCACGCACUCUCUUUGUCCAUUUUGGCAUCUACCUUGGAAAUAAUCAAGUUGCACAUUUGAUUCCAGACAUUCUUCCAGUUUUAACUUGCAAAAAGACUUAUGUUGAGAAAGUUGUGACUAACAAGAGAUUGAUAGGAGGAGUGCUAGCUAAAAUAGCUAGUGUGAGAGUGGACGAUGUGCAGGAUUUUGCGUAUGGUGCUAUUAUAUUACUCAACAGCAUGGACCAACAUGUAAAAAAAAUACCUCUUUCUAAUGAAGAAGUGGCUCAGAGGGCUGAGAAACUUGUGGGAACCACAUCUUAUAGCUUGCUGUGGGACAACUGUGAGCAUUUUGUCACUUACUGCAGAUAUGGAACUGCUGUGAGCUUACAGACUGACAAGUUUUGCGAGAUCGUGAAGAAGAUCAUUCGAGACCAAAGAAGUGUUGUGAUUUCGGCUGCUUUAGGAUUGGCAUUGACGCUUUGUGUGGGAGUAGGCCCAUUUACCACUCUUCCCAGCUUUCUUUUUACCUUCACCCUCUGGAUGGCUAGCUGAGCUGGAUCAUGUGUGACAGGACAAAGCGACCAGAUGAUGAAUGGCCAAAUCUGCUGUGAGCCUUCAAAAUGUACUACAUUCGCUUCAGAAAACUUUCAUAGAAAUGGAAAGUAUUGGCCAAACCUGUGAGUGAGAACACUGGAGAUCAGUAGCUUUGGGUACUGUAGUAUUGUAGCAUACUUAUGAGAAGAAUUUCCAACAAGAUUUUUCUUUAAAAGAUUUAUUACAAAGAAAUUAUACCAUUAAUGUUUUAGCACAGUGUGAAUAUUGUAUUUACCAGACUUAUAGACUUUAAAGUGUUGUCAUGAUGUGGAUGUUUAUGCUAUUGGUUUAGAAAUAGUUAGGGCAAGUUCACAUCACCAUAUUUUUUCUGUUGUUCUGAUCCAUUAGAAAAACAGAAAAAUAAAGUCCUGCAUGCAGGCCUUUUUUUUCCCUGUCUAAAAUAAUGGAUCCCCCAUUCUCUGGAACUCGCU